GGGAUUCAACUCACAAACAAACACACACACACACACACACACACACACACACACACACACAGGGGGAAGUCCCAUCACACGGUGGGUUUCUAAUCAAAUGAUCUUGAAAACUGAGGUACAGCCGCUCUCACUCUCCUGUUCAAACCAGAGAAUUUCCCAGCACUUCGACAUCUGAUCAGUGUGGGGCCAUCGGUGCUGAUGGGGGGGAUCUGUCCUGAGGAUCAGUACAAGGACACUCUGCUCAGAAAAUGUAUCAGCUGUAAGACGGCAUGCAAACAACGGCAAGUCAUCCCCAGAUGCAUCAGCUACUGUGAGAAAGCACACUGUAAAAUCCUGCCUGGCCACUACUAUGAUCUGCUGCUGAAGAAGUGUUUGAGGUGUGCGGACGUCUGUGGAAGUCAUCCUGCAGAAUGCUCCCUGCACUGCCAUGUUGCGAACACCAGAAAGCUCCUGGUUGAAGUCACUUCACACCCGGAGAAUAACAAAUGUCUCUCCGUGCCGACGGCUCUGGAGGACUCCACCAUCCUGCUGUACUCGCUGGUGGCCCUCUGCAUCAUGCUGCUGCUCUCCAGUCUGUCUCUCGCCUUGGCCGUGUUAGUGAGGGGUGCAAAGGCCAAAACCUCCAACCAAAGGCCCAAAGAGGCCAGACAACAGCAGGGGAGGAAGGAGGUCACCCAACCAGAGAGGAGCUCCAAAGGUUUUCAAGAAAAUUCAAACCACCCCUCAGAGUUCGAGCCGACAUAUGACUCCAGCCCUACGGAGACCUGCGUGUGUGUUCACUGUUUCCCCGACCUGAAGGCGCUCAGCCAGGGCAACCAGAGAGCUCCUUACUCAGUGCACCAGCAGCCGUCCCUCCACAGAGCCCAGACACUAAAACCAGGACCCGUCUGGACCGAGCAGAACCUGCAGAACUGUGAACACCGGCUGCAGGAGGAGGCUGCAGUGGGAUGAGGCUCACAGGUGUAACACCAGUGUUGUUUUAAUACCACAACUGGGAGACGGUUUGAUUCCUCUGUUGCGGCUUUAGAAACGUAUGCGUGCAAAUACUGGCACACAUAUGUACAGUGUAUGCAUGUCAAUUAUGAGUACUGUGUAUUUGUUGGGUGAUGGUUUGAAUGAAAUGAUUCAGAAUUGCCUUGAAGUUGCAUUUCCCAGAAUAACAACAAAUAAAACCAGAAAUAUCUGCAGUAAAACUGUUCAAGUCAUCUACUUUUAAAGUGUUUUUGUUCAUUUUAAAACUCAUCCCCAUUAGAUAUUACCAUUUAAUCAUUAAAUAUGACAAAAUACAGCGAAUAAGAGGCAGAAAGUGUGUACAGAUAUAGAUUUUCUUUAUUCGAGUGUCCAGUUCUUGCAGCAGUUACAUGUGUGUGUGCGAGGAAUGACUGACCGGUUCAGAUUUACAACCCUCAUAAUCCACUUUGAGGCGUCUGUCUUCUCUUACAUACUAACUGUACAUAUAUACUUUUACAUACAUCAUCAACAUGUUGAAAAACAUCCUAUCAAACUGUGAUACCCAGCUUGGACGGCAUGCUGAAUGCAAAGUACUGAUUCAGUACACGAACAUACGCUACAUACGCACGACACACGUGCAUACAAACAGUAACACACACACACACUUCAGUUUUUGUCUAUACGCGCAAUAACACAUUUUAUAUACACACACACACACACACACACACACACACACACACACACACACACACACACACACACACACACACACACACACACACACACACACACACACACAC